UUCAAAAUGGGUUUCUUCUUCCAUUCUGGCUUUAGAAAGUCCUUCAAAGGUACUAGUUUCAGAUUCAACAAUUUCCGUUACUCAACUCACUUGCCAACAAUGCAGAAGCAGAUGAUUAGUAACUUUAUGAAGGCUCAAGCUGCAUUACCAGCAACCACUGGGCAACUCAUGAUGAUGUCUAUUAACAACCGCUUGAUGCUGGAGAAUAUUAUCAAAUCAAACUUGGAUGAACUUGAAGAUAACGUACUCCUCGCUGAGAAUGAAGAUCUCGAAGAAGUAACCGUCGCAGAUACUCUUACAUUAUCAAGAAUAAGUAGAGUGAUUUCUGAAGACUAAAAGUCUUGCAAAAGGCUUCCAACUGAACAACACUUAGCAGGUUUCGUGUAAAGAAGAAGUU